AUGGUGUUUAUGGUGUAUACAGUAGCGGACAAAAGACCUUUGUUAGACACUCUAGAAAGAAUUGCCAUCUUUGGGACGGAUGCCUCCACUGACUGCUGCAUCAUCCGUCACGUAAACGGCAGAUGCCACUCCACGGUGAGCCCCUGCGUGGAGCAUGACGUCACAUGCUACUACACCGGAGCAACCAGCGCCCACAACGACUCCUGGGUGGCGGCCAGCGUCUGUGGAGGGCUAAAAGGGUUGCUCAGUUUUGGCAACACGAGCUUGUUCAUCUACCCAAUGAAGCGGACAUCGGAUCAGACGUCAACGUCAACGUCGCCCAAUCACGUGAUCUACCGUUACCAGGGUGACAAGCACGUGUGCAAGACGGAAGUCGGCGUAGCUCCUGACCACAUGGCAAAUUCACAUGCCAGUCUGCAACUACGUUGGCUGUAUAUGGCCGAAGACACAUUAACGCAUGCCGUUGCAGUCCGCUAUGGCCGAAGAUCCAUUAUCGCAUGA